CACGGGACGAAACAACCUUUGAUGGUCAAAAUAGCUAUCUCCCCGCUUGCAUACCGUUUGCAAGUUGAAAGUUUUCCGUCGAUGUGUCGCAGGAUUGCACGAGUGCGUCGCCACUUGCGCGACCCCAUAAUUGAACGUUCCCGGUCGGAAGGCUUCGACGUUCCCGCACAUUUUUGGCCCCUGCAUGACGAUGGAGCUUGCCGCGACAUUGGUGUACGACGCCAUUCUGCUGAAGAAGCGCGCCGAGUGCCACGUCGCGAUGGUCGAAGCCGCCAAGAAACUGUUAGAGUGUCGCAACGACGUAGACGACUCGAUCGCGCGGCUGCGCGAUAUCGCUGACGACUCGGUCGAGAGCAGUGACAACGUCGAUGAAAUCGCUCGCCUGAUGACUGAACGAGAGCAAGAGCUUGCGCUCCUCAAGCGGUUGCAACACCAGCUGCGCCAGCGCCGGCUCGUCAUGCGCGUCGCUCAUGCCAACACACAGUACCUAGACAAGACACGAUUGUCGCUGCGGAAUCGGCAGCGCCGCCUCGUCGAACGUGCAUUCCAGCGUGGGUUGCUGCGCAUGUCGACGAGCUAGCUAGGAACGAACCUAAACACCUAUUUAUACAUGAUCGACCUGCAUCCUUGGUGAUGUGACCGCGACAUGCGUUUCACACAUGCAGCACGACU